UCGUGGAAGGUACGUAUUAAUGUAUAUGUACUAUUUACCGUUUAGGCAUCGUGGAAAAAAGCGUAUCGCAGGGUUUUUGAUUUGCUUUCUUUGACAGAGUAUUAGCAGUUUCAGAAAGAGACACCUGUUUGUAUAGAGCGAACUGUAUAUUUUGCAGUUCUGCUCAAAAAUGGCUGACUAUUAUGAAGCUCUUGAAAUUCCACGUACAGCUACUACGGAAGAAAUAAAAAAAGCGUACCGAAAACUUGCCUUGAAAUGGCAUCCUGACAAAAAUCCGGACAGGAAAGAAGUGGCAGAUUUUAUGUUUAAAGAAAUUUCAGAAGCUUAUGAAGUAUUGUCAGAUGAAAAUAAAAGAAGAAUAUAUGACAAAUACGGAAAAGAGGGACUACUUGGUCAACAGGGCCAUAGAACACACCAUGAUAUAAAUGAAAUGUUUGAACCUGAUCUUAAUCAGUUCUUUGGUUUUGUGUUCAGAGAUCCACAGGAUGUUUUCAGAGAAUUUUUUGAAAAUGAUCCCUUUGCUGAUUUCUUUGGUAGACCAUCCAGUCAGUCAAGAAUGGGUGACUCCAGAGCUGUUAACAGGAGAGAACAUGGUUUCUUUGGAGUUCCAGGAUUUGGAUUUGGAUUUUCGGACUUGUUAAAUGGAGGUGGUCUGAAUCAAGGAUUCUCAAGCUUUAGCACAUCAUCUUUUGCUAGUGGCAGUAGUUCGGGACAGCCAAAUGUCAAGAAAACUACCAAAUCAACACGAGUUGUAAACGGGAAAAGAAUAGAAACAGUAAAAGUCACAGAGAAUGGUGUAGAAACGGUGACUGUGUCUGAAGAUGGAGUUGUGAAGAAAAUUACUGUAGAUGGAGUUCCCCAAGCUCUAGAAUACUAAGAUGUAAUAUCAGACUCGUUGUUUGUGUAAAAACAAUACGCUUCAUUUAAUGAAACUUAAAGGAAAUUCGAGACAAAAUUCCUGAUUUAAUGUAAAUCUCGCAUCCCUCUGUACUCAUCUGUGUAUCUAGAGAGAGAUUAUUGUUUCAGCCAGGAUAGAUUGCAAGUCAUUGGAUUAUUAACAUUUGUUUUUCAUUCCUAAAUAUUAUGUGAUACUUACACGCACCUCUUUAAAUGAUACGUUUAAAUUAAAAUUAUGUGUAUGUAUGUAUGUAUGUUUUCUUGGUUAGCAGCUGUGGACCAAAAAGGCUUGUGUAAAUUUUAUUUCUAGAUUCCAAUAAAUUAUAUAUUGAGUCUUAUCUAUGGACUUUUGUAAGUAGGUAUCUUCUUUUAUAAAAAAUAUUGUACUUAUUAAAAAAACAUACCCUAUUUAUUUAAUAACUGUUUAUAUUACUACACAUUUUCAAAUGUACACUAUUAUUUGUGCCAGUAAUUCCUAUCAUAAAAUACAACACUGGCUGUUGUACUGAAGAUCAAGCACUAGUAUUUAUUUCUUCUUUUUUUUGUAUGUUUUUACUAUAAUAUUUCAGGAGAGCAAUCUCAUUGAUGAAUAAAUCUCAGUUUUACUGUCAUGUAAGGAAAACUUGUGGUAGUAAUGUUGAUCUAGCAGCAGUUCUGUGACAAAAGGCACUUACUUUCAGAAUAGCAGUGUCCAACACGGUUGCCACUCGCCACAUGUGGCGAAACGGCUAUUGAUCUGUGGCAGAUUGGUGCUUGAUUUCUACCACCUACUUUUUUCUAUAUAAUUUAUUUAUACAUGUACCAGUUUAAAAAAGUGUCAACUUUUGUAUUUAUUUGGAGGAUAAAAUACUGGAGAAACCUUACUUUUCUUUAUUUGGAGGAUAAAAUACUGGAGAAACUUACUUUUCUUUAUUUGGAGGAUAAAAUACUGGAGAAACCUUACUUUUCUGUAUUUGAAGGAUAAAAUACUGGAUAAACUUUACUUUUCUUUAUUUGGAGAAUAAAAUACUGGAGAAACCUUACUUUUCUUUAGUUGAAGGAUAAAAUACUGGAGAAACCUUACUUUUCUUUAUUUGGAGGAUAAACCUUACUUUUCCUGCAGUAAAAAUGGUGAAAUCAAAGUAUAGGACGAACAUUUGGAGGUGGAAUGUAGAUGUAGUCUAACUGAUUUUAUGCAUGAAUUCCCUACAAUACUUAAGAUGUCAGAUUUUUCAUUAAUUCUUUCAAUAAAUAAUUGAAAACAUUAUUGUGAAUGUUUCUACCUCUCUGUAUCCAUAGAAACAUGGUUACUAUUUGUUUCUGUCAUGUGGCAAAAAUGUUAACACAUUCUCCACAAUUAUGAAUAAAUCUGUUGGAUACCGCUGUU